AUGCCAAGAUCAAUUGCAAUCAUUGCCGGUGCAGGGCCAGGAACUGGUAGCGCCAUUGCCCGCCGGUUCGCCAAGGCCUACCCAGUGGUACUUCUUGCUCGAUCGCAAUCAUCCCUUGACCCUUUGAUUGCUCAAAUUACGCAAAGCGGGGGCUCUGCAAUUGGUGUGCCUACGGAUGUCAGCAACUCCGCAAGCAUGACUUCGACAAUGGACCAAGUCAAGGCCAAGUUUGGUUCUGAUGUGACAAUCGCCGCGGCCAUUUACAACGUGGCGAGCAAGUUCACGAGAAAACCCUUCCUGGAACAAAGCCAGGAAGACUUCCUCGGCAGCCUUGAGCCAUCCGUCAAGGGUGCUUUCAACUUCGCCCAAGCUACACUGCCCCUAAUGCUCAAUCCCCCAAAGGGGCAGUCUCCACCCACUCUCAUUUUCACCGGCGCAACGGCUGCAAUGAAAGGUGGCUCCGGGCUUUCUGGGUUUGCGAUGAGCAAGUUUGGAAUCCGUGCUAUGUCCCAGUCUCUCGCGCGAGAGUUCGGCCCGAAGGGUGUUCAUGUCUCACAUGCGAUCAUUGAUGGCGUCAUUAACACCGAGAAGACAAAGGGUUAUCUUGAUGAUGUCCCAGAUGGAAAAAUUGAUCCUGAAGGGAUUGCGGAAUCUUACUGGUUUCUGCACUCGCAGCCUAGGACUUCGUUGACUCACGAGAUCGAUCUCAGACCAUAUGUAGAGACCUGGUAA